AUGGAGAUUUCAAAGAUGUUGAGAUUCACGCCGGGUAAGAACGUUGACGUCAACGACAUUGAUGCUAUUGUUACACCGCCGGGUUACAGAGGGGACAGCUGGUUUUCAACGGAGACGCCAUCAAGUAAUUUUAUUUUUCGGGUUCGCAAGCCGCUUGGUCGCUUCCUGUCGUUUGACGUGAAGAGAAGCUUGUUUUCCGGAAAGCGUCUCUCGGAGCAAGCAGACGAUUCUCCCGUCACCAAAAGAUUGCGCGAGACAGUGUCGGGUAUUGACCGUAUUUCUUUACAGACGUUGUCUCCUACGUCAGAGAAUGAUGACGUCAAGUCAGUUGUUCAUCGACUGUCAACCGACGACGACAUCAUUGCUGACGGUUCCUGUCAGUAUACCCUACCUACGAUCGCCGGAAAACACAGUGACUUGAAAGCUAUUUCUCCUGAAACGAUGCAUGACGUUCUUCAGGGUUGCUAUGACGACGAGAUAGAUCACGUGACUGUCAUUGACUGCAGAUACCCGUAUGAAUUUGAGGGUGGUCACAUCAAGGGCGCCAUCAACUUGUACACACGUAGUGCUAUACAGGAGUUCCUCUCACGACACAGUAGUUCUUACGCUUCCUCCAAGAAACACGUGCUCAUCUUCCACUGCGAGUUCUCGUCAGAAAGAGGUCCAAAAAUGUACCGCCAUCUGCGCAGUGAGGACCGUGCCAUGAACAAAGACCACUACCCCCGCCUCAACUUCCCAGAAAUCUACCUGCUCGAGGGAGGUUACAAGGCAUUCUUCUACAAGUUUAUGAAGCAAUGCUUACCCCAGACGUACAAGCCCAUGCUGCACAAGGACCAUGCCACUGAUCUACGUCACUUCCGUGGAAAGUCUAAGUCAUGGACCGCCGGUGAAAGACGACAACUCAUGCGCACCACCCUUAGGUUUUAGUGCCAUCUGACCUUAGUGCUAAUGAACACAAGAAACGAAACAAGCAUAUAUCUGUGAUAUAAAUGUGCAAUAUUUGUAGUGAUGUGUAAAGUUAUCAUGUGUUUCGUAAAACACAGCAGUUGCAGUAGGACAGCUGCAGGAUUCCGAGUUAAUAUUUGAUCAUCGGUGCUCCCCGUAAUAUAAUUGUUUGCCAUAUUUGAUCAUGGACUUUUGAUCAAAAAUGUUUCUUUUUUGUCAAGAUUGAAAAUACUCGAACAAUGCAACGGAAACCAUAUUUACGAAUGUACUGCUUAAAGAAAUACCCAUUUCUGGUAAAAUAUAUGUUAACUAAAAAUUUAUGUGAAUUAAACAAUAUAUUUUGGUGUAAAUGAUGAAACGAUUUUAACAUUCAACAUGACUGUGCUUUUACUAGUUCUCUUGUAUAUAUUGAUGUACAUACCAUUUUAUUUAUCAUUAUUUUUACUUUGUAUGCUUACUGAAAAAAAGAGCAAUCAGAUGUGCUCAACGUGUUCUUUCUAGAGAUGCUUGUGUAUAAAUGAGAAGUGUUUUCCUAUAUAAUUUCUUUCUUUCUAAUCCUUGUCUGUACCUCUUCCUUUGAAGUUUCAUUUGUUUUUGUUAUGAAUUUCGCCAAAAAAAAAAAUAAACAAAAGUACUCACCGAAUAUUUGUACUGUUUUGUAUUUGACCCACUUUACACUGUUGUCAACUCUUGGCUGUUACACUGCGGUUUUUCGUUUACAU